AUGAUGCGCACCUCGAUCGCCCGGGCGACGCGCGCCGCAGCCGUCCCCAGAACAACCUGCCAGGUUCAGCAGUUCCGCCAGGCCCACGCCAUCUCCAACCCUACACUUGCGAAGCUGGAAACGCGUUGGGAAGAGAUGCCUCCCCAGGAGCAGGCCGAUCUCUGGAUGUCGCUGAGGGACCGCAUGAAGACCGACUGGAAGGAGCUGACCAUGCAGGAGAAGAAGGCUGCCUACUUCAUUGCCUUUGGUCCCCACGGCCCCCGCCGCCCCCCUCCUCCGGAUGAGGGCCGCAAGGUGCUUUUCCUCUCAACCGCUGUGAUUGCCGGCGCUUUCGCUCUCUUCGCAUUCACCCGCAUGUUCGCCAGCCCAAUCAGGCCUCGCACCAUGACCAAGGAGUGGCAGGAGGCUUCUGAGGAGUACUUGAAGGCCCAGGGAUCUGAGCCCAUCACCGGCUACAAGGGCAUGCUGGUCCAGUCGGUCUCGGAGAAGAACCUCCCUCCUGGUGAGAGGCUUAACGACGACUAA